UCAAGUUGCUGAACGGACGUCGCGUCUGAUAUUAAUAAUCUGUAUUAUUGAACGUUUUGUUUUAUCUGUACCCUCGUGUUCUUCAGUCAUUGCCUCAGUCAUUGCUGUCAAAAAAACCGCGCGAACAGCGAAGUGUUUUUUUUCCCUAAGAUAUUUUUGACAAAAGCUUUGUGCGCGUGUUUUGUUUUGAAGUUGACUGCAAUUCGAAGUGAUCAACCAUGCCUUCAGAAGUGAUCACAGACAAGUCGCUGCAGCGCGAGCUGGCUGACUCCAUCAUUCGGAUGGUGCCUCUCGAUGAGAUUAGAAUAUUACUGGCUUGUGGUGCAAAGGUAAACGAGCCAGUAACACAGGGCCUGCGUCCCUUGCACUAUGCGAUAUGGCAGCGCUAUUUGGAAGCCACUCGGUUGCUUCUCGUGAGAGGCUGCGAUAUAAACGCGACGGAUGACUGUGGUUAUAGUGCCUUGCAUUUGUCUGCGGAACAUGGUUACACGGAAUUCGUGAAACUUUUACUAGAAAGUGGUGCAGCUGUUGACUACCGUCCGGACACGGGCGAAGAGUUCCCGCGAACAACGCUGUGUGAUGAGCCAUUGAGAUUGGCUAUACGGAAUAAGCAUUAUGAUGUAGCACGUCUUCUCUUAGAACAUGGGGCUGAUCCGAAUAAAAGAUACUUUUUCGGUGCGGAAAUAAAUCUGGUUUCCGACCCUGAGUAUUUGGAACUGCUGCUCAUGUUUGGAGCGAAUCCUGAUUCCAGGGAUAGAUCCGGUCUGACGCCGUUGAUGAAGGCUGCCAGACAGAGAAAGGGAAUAGAAUCUGUAUUACUCCUUAUAAGUUAUGGAGCUGAUGUCAACGCUAUAGCUGAUGUGAGAAAUGACUACAGAACUGUCAUGCAUUAUGCCGUAUUGAGUGGUAACACAGAAGUAGUGAACUUAUUAAUAAAACAAGGUGCCAAAGUCAAUUAUGAAAGUCCAGAUCUAAAUAAACCAUCGCCUUUGGACCUCGCUAUACUAAAGGGAGAUGUCGAUAUGGUGCAAAUGCUGUUGAAUGCUGGUGCGUGUGUGAAUGCGUCUAGUUCAGUGAUUGGCACGCCUCUACACGUGGCCUGCUCCGACAAUAUAAGCAAUAGAAAGGAAAUCGUUAAAAUUCUACUUAACAGCGGAGCGGACCCUAACCAAAAGGUCUACAACGAGGAAGAUGGCGCCCAACUGCGGCCAGCACUUGCUGAAUACUUAGCCAGCAAUACUGAACCCGACGCUGAUAUCGUAUACGCGCUGCUGAGAAGCGGGGCUAGGGUAAUAAUGAAAACACAGUUCCGCGACCCGGACGGCAUUUUAAACCACCUUCAAAAUGUUACCUUAGAAGAGUACCAACACAUAUACUAUCUCCUUCUACAAGCGGCGGAAUCCUUCGACCUUUGUAUGAUAAAAAGAAAUAAUAUCCUCAACCCGGUACAGAAAGAAGCGCUUAUAAAACGCGCGAAAAACCCCAUUUCUUUAUUGGCUCAAGUUAGGAUUUUUCUACGCAAACAUUUUGGCACUAAAUUCGCGAAAGCUGUCAAAAAUAUGGAAAUUCCGACCAUAUUGCAUCGCUAUUUGCUGUUUGAAUGCAGUUAAUCUUUUUAGGUUAUAACUUUGAAUUUUUCUUCCAUUGUCUAUGGAGUUGCCAUGCGCAAAUAUUGAUUUUUUUAUGGGACGUUGAAAGUGUUGCCAGCGCGCAAUCUAUUUGCCUAGUUUGCGGAAAAUGUAGGUUUAAAUGAGACAAAUGUUUUGUAAAUGGGGUUGCCAGUGUGCAAUUUUUUGCCUUGAAUAAGGGAACGAUGGAGUUAAUUUGACUUUAAAAAAAUCAUUUAUUAUUAGUCAGUUUUCUGUUUCAUAAGAUCGGUUUGCCGAUUUUUUACUACGAUACUAUUGAUAAAUAUUUUUAAAUAAUUAUAAGACUUAUGUAUUUAAGUAUGUGUAAUAUUCAAGAAACAAUAAUAAAUACUUUUUGCAUGUAGUAGGAGUAGAAUUAUAGCUUAUUUAUCGUAUUUUUCUGUUAAUUUAAGUUUUUUUUAUCCGAUUUGGAAAAAUAUAAAUUUAUACAGUUUUGUCAAGUGAAUUGUUUAAUAAGUUAUUAUCUGGAAAAGUAAAUUAAUGCUUUUUAAAAUGACAAAAACAAGCAGAACAUUAUAUACCUAUUUAAAUUUUUUAUGUUUUGAGAAAAUUGAUCCUUCAAUAUUUUAUAGAAAAUAGAAUUCAAUUUAAAAAGAAUUAGUUUUAAUGUUUAAAGCUUGCAUGAAUACAAACGCACAAAAAUAUGUUUUAUUUGUAG